AUGGCAAAAAUCAUCUUGAGGCACCUCAUAGAGACCCCAGUGCGUUAUCAGGAGGAGUUUGAAGCUCGGGGCUUGGAAGACUGCAGACUGGAUCAUGCUUUAUAUGCACUGCCCGGGCCAACCAUCGAGGACCUGAGGAAAUCCAGAGACACGCCACAGGCUCUUGCAGAGGACUCAGCCUCCACCGAGACGCCACCCAGAGAAGGCAAGUCCCGCUUCCAGAUCCUGCUGGAUGUGGUCCAGUUCCUGCCCGAGGACAUCAUCAUCCAGACCUUCGAGGGCUGGCUGCUGAUCAAAGCGCAGCAUGGGACCAGAAUGGAUGAGCACGGCUUUAUAUCCCGGAGUUUCACUAGACAGUACAAACUGCCAGAUGGCAUCGAAACCAAGGAUUUGUCUGCCAUCCUCUGUCACGAUGGAAUUUUGGUGGUGGAGGUAAAGGAUCCACUAGGGACCAAGUAA